AUGCCGGUUGAAGUUGUUGUCAUCGCUUACCCCAAGGGGGCGGAGAUGAACGUUGACUACUAUAUCAACAAGCACGUCCCAAUGGUGUACGACCUCUGGCAGCCGUACGCCAAGACUUGGAGAGCAGAGAUCCCGAGCAGCACCUCGGACAGCCCCUACGAGCUGAUUCUGUUUGCGCAGAUGGAGAACGAGGGCGACUUUGGCAAAGUCCUGGCUGCCCAGUCCGAGGAGACGACCAACAAGAUCAGAAGUGAUGGCAUCAACUAUACGAAGAUGCCCCCGGUUAUAUGGACCCAGCUGCGCGCGGGAGAAGGACCAUCUGCAUGA